AUGGAAUUCACUCCAAGACGUAUACUGGAUAAUGCGCUCGAUGCUGUGGGCAACACGCCCCUCAUCCGACUCGACAAGAUCGCCACAGAAGAAGGCCUCAAGUGCAAUCUUCUGGGUAAGUUGGAGUUCGUGUCUGCAGGCGGUUCCGUCAAGGACAGAAUCGCGAAAGCCAUGGUGCUUGCUGCAGAGAAGGAGGGUAAACUUAUACCCGGCAAGAGCGUCGUCAUCGAACCCACGUCAGGCAAUACCGGAAUCGGGCUCGCAAUGGCAUGCGCUAUCAAGGGAUACUCGGUCGUGAUAACCAUGCCUAAGAAAAUGUCACUUGAGAAAGAGGCACUUCUACGUGCUCUUGGCGCACAGGUUGUCCGCACGCCGGACGAGGAGCCCUGGGACUCGCCCAGGAGCCAUAUAGGAGUGGCCCAGAGACUUCAGCGAGAAAUCGAACAUGGGAUUAUAUUGGACCAAUAUCGUAAUGUGCACAACCCACUGGCUCAUGAGUACACUACUGGACCAGAGAUCAUUGCCUCGGUCGUCUCAACCCCAUCCACGUCCUCGAGACCUUCAUCAAUGAAAGUCGACGCAUUCAUUGGCGCCGCUGGAACUGGUGGCACCAUCACAGGCGUCUCGCGUGCACUCAAGAAGACGCACAACUCAGACUGCAUCGUAGUCGGUGUUGACCCAAUUGGCAGCGUUCUGGCCGUCCCGAACGAUCUGAACCUCUCUGGGGAAGGAAAACCAUACGUCAUCGAGGGUAUAGGCUACGACUUUAUUCCUGAUGUUCUUUCUCGGGAUGUUGCAGACGUGACCCAUUGGGUGAAGACGUCUGACGAGGAGGCUUUCAAGGCUGUACAGUCUCUCAUGAGGAAAGAGGGCUUACUCGUUGGUGGUAGCAGCGGAAGUGCCCUCAGCGGUGCUUUAUCCUGGCUCAAGACGGAACAGGGGCGAAGAAUCGCUGAGACUGAGGGCUUGAACGUUGUUGUUCUCCUUGCAGAUGGCAUUCGGAAUUAUAUGAGCAAGGAGUGGUUUUUGAAGAGUGCAUUCAGUGUCGAGCAUUCAGACCUGGCAACUCGGAUUUCGGGCAUCCUAGCUCAGGGGGAGAUAGAACCUGUGCAGCAGUCUAGCCUCUAG